CACCGAGCUUUGUGUACUGCGGAUUAGGGUUCUGAUAUGACGUCCAACAGACCUGGCUGCUAUUGCAGCCACCAAGCGUAUCACCUAGGGCUUCCUUCCUGCCCGAGGUAUGGCUAGACCUUUCUGGGCGUCGUGAAAUCUCAUUGCCAAGGCGGCUCUUCUUCGUCGAACGUGGCAGUCGCCAAGCACAUCACAACCCAUCCGCUGCCAUGUCGGAGCCAAAGGCAGACACCGAGGCCACAGAGGAAACGGCCGGCGAGCCCCUCGGCACCAAAAACCGAGCCCUCCUCGCUGGCGCGUCGGUGGCGCAAGACUUCACGCCGCUCAAGGGCAUCUGCGCGCACCUCAACGCCUUCCACGCCUACGCGUCGGACCCGACGCGGCACGUCGAGGCGAACCACUACUGCGGGCACGUCAACGACGACGUCCGGCAGUGCAUCAUCUACGACCGGCCGACGGGGCCCGGGGCGCGCAUCAUUGGGGUCGAGUACAUGAUCCCGCGGCGGCUGUACGAGACGCUGCCGCCCGAGGAGCGCCGGCUGUGGCACAGCCACGCGUUCGAGGUCAAGUCGGGCAUGCUCGUCAUGCCGCAGCCACUCGUGCCCGACGCCGCGUGGGAGCUGGCCGAGAACAGGGAGAUGGAGGAGGUGAUGCAGCUGUACGGCAAGGUCUACCACCUCUGGCAGGUCGACAGGGGUGACAUGCUGCCGCUCGGCGAGCCCCAGCUGAUGACCAGCUUCACCGCGCCGGGUCAGCUGGACUUUGACACGGUCGUCGCCGAUCGGGACGCGCGGUUCAAGACGGACUACAAGAGGAAGCAAGAGGUCAGGAAGAACCUGCCGGAGCCUGAUAUCCACCCUGAUGCGGACCAGGCUUGGAAGUAGCAUCGAGUCUCCGGCGCCUUAUACGAAAACCGGGACAACACAAAGUCUCAGAGACAGGGGCGCAAGAAAUAUCUCUUGUCAUUGUAAAGUAUUUGUAUAAUACAAUUAUUGACGGUGAAAUGUAUUCACGCGCGUGCAGUAUGGUCAACCUCUUCAACAACUAUAUCCAACACCUAGCUCUCUACUAGCAGGUCCAACUCUCAG